AUGAUCUGUCUAUUUCCGAGUUUCUUGUGAGCCACACAACUAGUAGCAUCAUUUCGUGAGUUACUGCCUGCUUCAUUAAAAAACAUUGUAAACUUGUGUGUGUAUACAUUCUUCAUUCAUUCAAGUACGCGUAGUUGGAGCUACAGGCUCCGUUUACCGGGCCAUUAUGUGGGAGAAGCUGUAUAGCAGUGUUGUCAACGUCUUGGAUUUCAACCAAGCUACGCUUUCCGGUUGUGUUGAUAUCAUAUGUGUGCGUCACAAGGAGGUGGUCGCUGAUGGCGGGGUUGCGGCAUCUACUUCGUCAUCCAACUCCACAUCGGAGUUAAAGGACAAUGAACGCUGGGUAUACAGGUCCACGCCAUUCCACGUCCGUUUUGGUAAAGCCAAGUUGUUAAAAUCCCGUGAGAAGACUGUGUCCAUCUAUGUCAAUGGAGAAUUGUCGAAUUUAACAAUGAAGCUUGGAGCUGCCGGCGAGGCAUUUUUUGAUGAGGAGACUACUACUGAUGGUGAUGACGGACCUUUGAUAGCUCACCAAUUAAGUGAGAUCUCAGCUUACAGUGAAGGUGAGGAUGUAGGUCAGACGUUGAUGGACUAUGGCUACUAUGCGUGUAGUAACAGUCGCUACAAAAUGCGCACUGAUGUGAAUGAAGUUAGCGUUCCGGCUUCGGCGGAGAAUGCUCACGGUAGCGACGUAGAGUCUGGAAAACUGACUGAUCGCACUACUCCCAAAUCAGAUCGCAGUGCAGCUCCUCCUAGCAAAUACCAGUCGGCAUGCUCCACUCAGGAGGGUGCUCCACCCAGGUUUGAUGACACUCGAUAUUCUCGUGAGGCUUCUAGGGUAUCUGACGACGGAUAUCAGCUUGGUUGGCGUGGUCUAUCGAUGACAGAGGAAUCUGCAUCUGCUGAUCCUGAUGACCAGAUUCUACAAUUCAGUUUAUGUGGUCACUUGUUAACUUCUCAGGACGAAGCUUUGAAUGAGCAGUUUUUUUCUGCAAACAUAGUUGAUUGGGAAAGGUUGAAUUCAGACCCUUCUUUGUGGUAUCAUGCAUCUCUAGUCGCACGAUUUGAUAACCGCCCGCCUUAUUACCCAUCUAAAAUCGCCCUUCCAUUGCUGGCAUCCUGGAUUGUUUUCAAAAGGCCGUUAUCUGGUGAUGCCAUUGCAUCUUUACUACGUACUACGGUGGUUGCUACCAGCAUGUCGCCUGCUCCCUCGUUGCGCAUCGCAUCUCCCGAUAUGCCAAAGAGUAACAUGGCAUCUCUCUUGGCAAGUUCGCAUGGUGUUCGCAGGUACCGUGUUUCUAUCCGACCUACAUCCGAUCAGUUGGCAUCUUUGAACUUGCAGAUGGGUGUCAACAGGAUCACGUUUACAGUUAAUUCAUCACUCCAGGGCACCAAAAGUGUCCAUGCUCGUCUUUAUAUGUGGCCUUCCGACGCUCGUAUUGUAAUAUCGGACGUUGACGGGACGAUAACUAAAUCCGAUGCACUAGGGCACAUCAUGCCUAUCCUGGGAAAGGACUGGUCACACACCGGUGUAGCUGAGUUAUUUACUAAAAUCCGCUCUCAUGGUUAUCACGUUGUAUACCUAACCGCGCGUGCCAUAGGCCAAGCUGACUACACUCGUGAAUAUUUAUUCGGUUUAACACAGAAUAAGAAGUCUAAAUUGCCCCAAGGGCCAUUGUUUCUUUCACCGGAUCGGCUGCUACCAUCAUUCAAGCGUGAGGUCAUCAGCCGCAGUGCAUACAUGUUCAAAAUACCUGCUUUAAGGGACAUUCGCAAUUUAUUUCCCCCUGGGCAUAACCCAUUCUACGCAGGAUUCGGUAAUAACGAAUCGGAUCAUCGGGCAUACGUAUCGGUUGGUGUACCUGAGAACCGUGUAUUUAUAAUCAAUUCAAGUGGUAUAAUCCGUCAUGUAAAUUCCACCGAUGCGCGAACAUAUCAGGGAAUGAGUGACAUUUCUGAGUUGAUGUUUCCACCGUGUCACAAUGAUGUACAAUAUGGAUCCGAUGAUGAACGAGGUGCAUAGGAACUACACUUUAACCCGGGUGAUUCAUUCGCCAAUGUACAACAUAUAUUUGAA